AUGGAGGAGGAACCCAAUAGAACAUACAUCAUUCUCAGUGCACACGCGGAUCUUCACAAGUACAGAUUCUGUUUCAGACUGGUUCUCACAGUGUAUGUCCUGAUUCUGUGCAGUAACUGUACUGUAGUUUACCUGAUCUGGAAACAGCCAGACCUCCAUGAGCCCAUGUACGUGUUCAUCGCUGCUCUGUUACUCAACUCUGUUCUUCUCAGCACCAACAUCUACCCAAAGCUGCUGCUGGACUUUCUGUCAGACACACAGGUCAUCUCUCACCAGGCCUGUCUGCUCCAGUUUCUGCUGUUUUAUUCAUUUGGCUAUUCAGAGUUCCUGCUGCUGGCGGCCAUGGCCUACGACAGAUACGUGUCCAUCUGUCGGCCUCUGCUGUAUCCCAGCAUCAUGAGGAGAAGCACUGUCUCUGCCCUGCUGCUGGCAGCUUGGUUGGCUCCUGCUGCUCAGUUUGUGGGAUUGACAGUAAUGAUUUCUAAUCAAAAGCUCAGCAGUUUCACUCUGAGGCUCAUCAUUUGUAACGACUCCAUCUAUAAACUGUUGUCCGUGCGAUUUCAUUCUUGUUGUGUGUGUGUGUGUCGUGUGUUCACUUUGCUCAGUAAUGCAGUUCUCACUAUGAUCUUCAUUGUGUUCACCUACACCAGGAUCCUUCUCAUUUGUUACAGCAGCAGUGCAGACGUGAGGAGGAAAGCUGCUCACACCUGUAUACCUCACCUGCUGGUUCUCAGCAACUUUUUGUUUUUGGGAACAUUUGAUGUUAUUACAGCUAGACUGGAUGCAGAUUUUCUAACUGCACAUUUAAUAAUGAUUUUAGACCUAUUUAACCCUCUGUUUAAUCCAAUUAUUUAUGGACUAAAAAUGACAGAAAUUCAUAAAUACAUCAAGAAGUCCAUACGAUAA